GAGAGAGGGGGCGGGUUUGUUUUCGCUUCGGUUCCUCACAAUAUUCUUCCCUGAAGGAGAGAGAGGAGGCCGGAGAGGCUGAAUUAACGAAAAACAAAACUGGAUUAUCCUUGUGAAAGAGAAGAUUCAACGAUGGAGCCUGUCCAUAUUAAAGAGGAGAGUCCUGUACUAGAAUCAGUCCAUAUUAAACAGGAGAGUCCUGUACUAGAAUCAGUCCAUAUUAAACAGGAGAGUCCUGUACUAGAAUCAGUCCAUAUUAAACAGGAGAGUCCUGUACUAGAAUCAGUCCAUAUUAAACAGGAGAGUCCUGUACUAGAAUCAGUCCAUAUUAAAGAGGAGAGUCCUGUACUGGAAUCAGUCCAUAUUAAACAGGAGAGUCCUGUACUAGAAUCAGUCCAUAUUAAAGAGGAGAGUCCUGUACUGGAAUCAGUCCAUAUUAAAGAGGAGAGUCCUGAACUAGACCCUGUCCAUGUUGAAGAGGAGGGUAACCAUUUUAAAACAAGCAGCUUGCAGGGCUCUCUGUCCUGUACAGAAUGUGGAAAGAGUUUCAGACAGUCACAAAACCUGAAACUUCACCUGCUAAUCCACACUGGAGAGAAACCACAUGUUUGUGCUGACUGUGGGAAGAGUUUCAUACGUUUACAACAUCUGAAACUUCACCAGCUAAUCCACACUGGAGAGAAACCGCAUGUCUGUGCUGACUGUGGGAAGAGUUUCAGAUGUUCACAAAGCCUAAAACUUCACCAGCGAAUCCACACAGGAGAGAAACCGUAUUUCUGUGCUGACUGUGGGAAGAAUUUCAGACAUUUACAAAACCUGAAACUUCACCAGCGAAUCCACACUGGAGAGAAACCGUAUGUCUGUGCUGACUGUGGCAAGAGUUUCAGAGAUUUACAAGGUCUGAAACUUCACCAGCGAAUCCACACUGGAGAGAAACCGCAUGUCUGUACUGACUGUGGGAAGAGAUUCAGUAAGUCAAGCUAUGUGAAGAGACACCAGCGGAUUCACACAGGAGAUAAACCGUAUCUGUGUAGUAAAUGUGGGAAGAGUUUCAAUCAGUUAGCUAACCUUAAAACCCACCAGUUAAUUCACACAGGAGAGAAGCCACAUCGCUGUCAUGACUGUGGGAAGAGUUUCAGACAGUCAGGUGACUUGAAAAUACACCAGCGAAUCCACAGUGGAGACGAACCACAUGUCUGUCGCAGGAGAGAACCCACAAUUCCACAUCACUGUGAAAUGUCUCUGCUGACUGUGGUGGGUUACCUGUAGGAUUCUCAGUCGGAUCUAAUCAAGUCGCUAUGGUGACGUCACCACUAAGGAGUACCAUGGCAACGUGUUCCGAACCUUCCAAGGUCCAAACGGACCCUUCCUGGCAGCCCUGCAACUUCAUACUAAAUGCAAUUGACGCUGCUUCCCAACUGAACAUGCUGAAACAAAAAUGGCGUCUUCAUUCGAACCCACACAACAGACGCUGCUUCACUCCGUCACUGUGUGUAAUGUGCGUGAAUCCUGCGUGUGCGUGUACGGAAACACACUGAAGACAGCGUGCUCAUGAAAAUAUGUGUUUCAGUGUUUGAUUCCUGCUAUACUUAUAAUUCUGAUACCUUGAUUUCUAACUUCUGUAUUCUUAUUAGUUUUGUGAGUCUUAAUAAAUGUAAUCAUUUUCA